CUCUAUCAGACAAUCAUCCCCAAAUUAACAUUUCCACUAGUUUCUUCUUCAAUACGCCAAUCUCUUAAUCUCCUCAGUUUAAUCUUUAAUCACAUCUAAUCACUUUCCAUUAUUUCUUAAUUAAGAUUAACAUGGCCCCAAACACCAACGCCACGCAAAACGGUUCCAUCUUCUGCAACACUGUCAAAACCGCCGCCACUGAUCCGUUAAGUUGGGGGGUCGCGGCGGAGUCCAUGAAAGGGAGCCACCUCGACGAGGUCAAGCGCAUGGUGGCGGAGUACCGCAAGGCGGUGGUCAAGCUUGGCGGAGAGACUCUCACAAUAGCUCAGGUAGCUGCCAUCGCCGCAAACCACCAAGGCGUGAGCGUUGAGCUUUGUGAAUCAGCUAGAGCUGGCGUUAAGGCGAGCAGUGACUGGGUCAUGAACAGCAUGAACAACGGCACUGACAGUUACGGUGUCACCACCGGCUUCGGCGCCACCUCCCACCGCAGAACCAAAAAUGGCAAUGCUCUGCAGCUAGAACUCAUCAGGUUUUUGAAUGCUGGAAUAUUUGGCAAUGGUACUGAAUCAACUCACACCUUGCCACAGCCUGCAACUAGAGCAGCAAUGCUAGUGAGGAUCAACACACUUCUCCAGGGAUACUCAGGCAUUAGGUUUGAAAUCCUUGAAGCCAUCACCAAGCUCAUCAACAACAACAUCACCCCAUGUUUACCACUUCGCGGUACCGUCACGGCUUCCGGUGAUUUGGUCCCACUUUCUUACAUUGCUGGUUUGCUAACCGGCCGGCCGAACUCCAAAGCUGUUGGACCUUCCGGUGAGGUGGUUAAUGCCAAGGAUGCUUUCCAAUUGGCUGGCAUUGACUCAGGGUUCUUUGAAUUGCAGCCCAAGGAAGGGCUUGCUCUUGUUAAUGGUACUGCUGUUGGUUCAGGGUUAGCUUCUAUUGUUCUAUUUGAUGCUAACAUAUUGGCUAUACUGGCUGAAGUUCUAUCGGCUAUUUUCGCUGAAGUGAUGCAAGGGAAACCUGAAUUUACUGACCAUUUGACACAUAAGUUGAAGCACCACCCUGGCCAAAUUGAGGCUGCUGCUAUCAUGGAGCACAUUUUGGAUGGAAGUUCCUACAUGAAGGCAGCAAAGAAGUUGCACGAGGUGGAUCCUUUGCAAAAGCCAAAGCAAGAUCGAUAUGCACUUCGUACUUCUCCACAAUGGCUCGGUCCUCUGAUUGAAGUGAUUCGAUUCUCAACAAAGUCGAUCGAGAGGGAGAUCAACUCAGUGAACGACAACCCUUUGAUCGAUGUUUCCAGAAACAAGGCCUUGCACGGUGGUAAUUUCCAAGGAACCCCUAUUGGAGUUUCCAUGGACAACACACGUCUGGCUCUUGCAGCAAUUGGCAAACUCAUGUUUGCUCAGUUCACUGAGCUGGUUGAUGAUCAUUACAACAAUGGCUUACCUUCAAAUCUCACUGCUAGUAGGAAUCCUAGCUUGGACUAUGGUUUCAAGGGAGCUGAAAUUGCCAUGGCUUCUUAUUGCUCCGAGCUCCAAUAUCUUGCGAAUCCGGUCACCACUCAUGUCCAAAGUGCUGAGCAACACAACCAAGAUGUGAACUCUUUGGGUUUGAUUUCAUCAAGAAAAACCAACGAAGCCAUUGAGAUCCUUAAGCUCAUGUCUUCCACAUUCUUGAUUGCACUUUGCCAAGCAAUUGACUUGAGGCAUUUGGAGGAGAACUUGAAAUACUCAGUGAAGAGCACAGUAAGUCAAGUUGCAAAGAGGACUCUUACCACAGGUGUCAACGGAGAACUCCAUCCUUCUAGAUUUUGUGAAAAAGAUUUGCUGAAGGUGGUCGAUAGAGAAACUCUAUUUGCCUAUAUUGAUGACCCAUGCCUUGCUACUUACCCAUUGAUGCAAAAACUGAGGCAAGUGCUUGUGGACCAUGCGUUAGUAAAUGGAGAAUACGAGAAGGACUCAAAGACAUCAAUCUUUCAAAAGAUUGCAACUUUUGAGGAUGAGUUGAAGAGUCUCUUGCCUAAGGAGGUCGAAAGCGCAAGGGCUGCAUAUGAGAGUGGAAAUCCAGCAAUGCCAAACAAGAUAAAUGAAUGCAGAUCUUACCCACUGUACAAGUUUGUGAGGAAGGAGCUGGGAACUGAGUUGCUAACCGGUGAAAAGACCAGGUCUCCGGGUGAGGAGUGUGACAAAUUGUUCACAGCAAUAUGCCAGGGUAAAAUUAUUGAUCCACUUCUGGAAUGCCUCGGAGAGUGGAACGGUGCCCCUCUUCCAAUUUGUUAACUUGCCUGCCAGUUAUGUUUAGGAAAUGUAUUCUUUGUAUUUAUGCAAAUGUAACGUUAAUCAUUUGAUUUAUCAAGCCUUGGGCAAAAUAAUAUGGAAAACUUCAUUUUAGUUUCCUUGAUGUCAUGGAGGAACUUGUAACACUACAGAAAAACACAAGAGUUCAGCUUCAGUGGCACUUUAUAUCUAGCAUUUAAGAAAUUAGAUUGAAUCA